AUGUCGAUCUUUCCAAAUAGUUUUUCGGACAAUGUUAAAAUCGAUCCAUCAAUUAAAACAUUAACACUUAAUGGAAAAUUAUGUCCACAACCAUCACCUUUUAAUCCAUUGUUGCUUUAUAAUUCCCCAACCGGAUGGAAUGCUGUGCUUGUUGGAUUAUUAGCUUCUAUAUUAACAAUUAUUUUUCUAUUAACAUGUCUUUAUUAUAUAGUUUGUCGUCGUCGACAUUCUAAUGAAUUAUCGGAUAGUUCAGCACCUGUUGAACAAAAUGGAACAACAUCAAUACCGAUAACAAGUUUAUCACAAACGGCAAUUACAACAUUUANACAUAAUAAUAAUCGACGAAAACAGACAGCAAAAAUUUAUAAGCCUAAUGAUAGUGAAUCGAUUAGCAUCGGUUUACAAACAACAAGUGAAAUUGAAAAUAAUACGAAAGAACUCAUUCAAUAUUUUAAUGCUCAAGAACGAUCAAACUCUUCAACAAUGACAUCAUCAUUGAACACAAUAAAUCCUAGUAUAUUAUCAAACAUAUCUUUUGAUGAAAGUCAAACAAAUAUUAGUUUAAACACUGAUGAACAUCAAUCAUCAUCAGAACAAUCAUUAACAUCAUCAUCAUAUUAUUCAGUAAUAAAAACUUUACAUAAACCCAUAGCUCGACGAGCUGAUGGUAGUGAAGUGAAAGUUAUUUCAAAAGAAAAUUCAUUACAAUAUACAACAUCAAAUGUUUUACCUUUUAAUCAUUGUUAUUUUCCACGUUCAUUAUUAUCACGUGAACAAAUUAAUAUAAAUAAAAUAACAAAAAGACAAUUACCUUCUCCUCCUAUUGAACAAUACAAUAAAAAUCAAUUAUUUCAUUUACUUGAUCAAUUAGAUAAUGAAUGUUCUCCUGUUGAUUUUGCAACUAUACUUGAUCAAUUAACUUUAUCAUCUGUUCAAAUACAACAAAUCGAUAAUAGUAGUAUAUCAUUGAUUAAUAAUGAUGAAUAUGAUGAUAAUGAAAAUAUCUUUAUUAUACCAAAUCUAUUCGAUGAAUCAUUAUCAUUAUCUGAUUAUUAUACAAUAUCGACUUUUAAUAUAGAUGAUCCAAGAAAAAUGACUCUCUAUACAAUGACAAUAGGUACAGUGCAAUUAAAGCCAUCUUGUUUAAUUCCAUAUUCAAUUCUUAAUGGUCGACGACCUUUAUUACAAUCUUCAAUUGAAACAGAUUUUAAACAAGUUCGUUCUAAACGACAAAAACAUAUAUGUCAAGUAACAGCUAUUGAAUCAUUGACAGAUAUAGAAUAUCUUAGAGAAAAUGAUAUUAUAUUAAAAAUAAAUAAUCAAUCUGUAUACCAUUUAAAUAUCAAUGAUAUCAUAGAUAUUUUACAACAACAAUACAAAACAUCAAAUUAUUGUUUAUUAACAAUAGCUCGACUUUGUCAACCAUUCAUUUAG